CUCAGACGGGGGGUUGACGCUGCGCUUUAGCUUAUAACGUUCGUUCGCAUCGGCAGAGCGUCUGCUUUGGUUCACCUCAAAAAUGGGCAAGAAGAAGCCCUUUGUCAAGCGCAAUGACGCGGGCACCUUCACCUAUCAAGUCGUGCACCGGAGCCACCGCGACCCGGCCCUGGCUGACAAUGAUAGCUCAGACUACGUCCUGCAGCCCGUCGUUCCGCGGAACGUGCAGCGCCGCGAAGUCGAUGGCGGUGAGGAGCGUUACUAUGCGGCCGUGGACAUGAUCCGUCAGAGCGGCGCUGACGUCAGCCAUGAUCUUCCCAAAAUGAGCGAGGCCGCUGCCGCCUCCGGGCAAGCCGCCGCCGCCGCCGAGCGCGUCGCCAUGUCUGAAGAGGAUCGUCGGCGCGUUGACCUAGCACAGCUGGGCAUCUACUACGAUGACGACUACGACUACAUGCAGCAUUUGCGCGAGACCGGGCAGGGGGGUGGCGAGACGGAAGUUGUGGCAGCAGAUCCACGCACCCUGAAAACAAUUCUGCGGGAGCGCGGCGUCGAUCCGGCGGACAUUCUGGACGAGGUUGCGGCUCGCCGUGCUGCCCCUCAGCCCGAUAAAAACGCCCCGCCACCGCAAGUUUUCGACCGCGCUGCUGAUUUGAGCUUUGAUCCCCGCUUUGACCUUGAUCCUGACAUCGUGGCCGCAUUGGAUGAUGCAUUGGACUUUGAAGACCCAAACAACAUCUUAGAUGAUGAUUUUGUCCUCCAGGCACAGCAAUCCGGUGACGACUACGACGAGGACGAGGACAGCGACGCGGGCAGUGCGGCAACGCUCACGCUGGCAGAUGAGGAGGAUCGCUGGCGCGCCAUCGGUCACGGGAGCGUCUCUGGACCUGCAGGCUUGAGCGCGGCGCGUCAAGGGGACGAUAAUUCGUCCAUGGGGUCCAUGGGCCACGGCUCGGACGAUCGUGAUAUCGAGGAGGUCAGCGUAGCGCAAUCACGCUUCACCGAGUACUCCAUGACAUCUUCCAUCUUGCCGCGCUCCGAGCACCAAGUGAUUCACAACGAGCAUUUUGAGGCUAUGUACGCCGCGUAUGACGAUUCACAACUGGGUGCAUUGGACGAGGACCACGCCUAUGAGGACAGCGAUGUUGUGGGCACUCAAGAUAUCGAACAGUUUGAUCGAGUCUUGGACCAGUUUUUGAACACCCAGCGCCAGUAUCAGCUGCCCUUGGCUCAGGCCGUUGCCGGCAUCAACGAGGAGGAGCCUAAAGCACCCGCCGAGGAUAUCUUGGAACGCAACGAUGCAGACGAGGCUGCCGAGGAGGACGAAGAGGAAGAGACAAUGGUUCUGGACAGCGUAGCGUUUAAGCCUCGUAACAAGGAGUGGGACUGCGAGUCCAUCUUGUCCACGCGCAGUACGCUCUAUAAUCAUCCAACCGUCAUUGACGAGAAGCGCCGGUCACGCCCGCGCCCCAUCCAGCUUCAUCCCAAAACAGGCUUGCCGCUUGAGGCAUUUGCUCGUCCAGGCGCAGCCGAGGAGGAGCCGGAGGAGAUGUAUGAUGAGGAAGCUGAGGGUGACUACUUUGAAAAUCGGGGUGUGGCGCGCGACAAGCACGAAUCGGCCGAGGAUAAGCGGGCGCGAAAGCAAAAUCUCAAGGAGGAGAAACGGUUGCGCCGCCAAGCCAAAAAGGCCACUAAGGAAGCCUUCAAAGCUGAGACGAACCGCCAGAACAAACUGAUGUCCAAGCAGUCAGGCAUCAAGGCUGUGAGCGUUGCUUAAAGUGAAAGCCUCUGCUUUUCUUUUUUUUUCCCGAGCCGAGCCAUCCAGUGGUGGAAAGAAUCCAGCUCUGAUGAGAUGGGUUAUGUGUUGAAUGCUCGAGUCAACCGCCCUCUUGUGCCUGCGCCUUUCCCUCUUCUUUGCCUGUUGUAAUAGUGUCAUGUCGUGUUUCUGCUCGAGAUGGUGAUGGCAUGUGCGCCCGUGGCGCCAGACGCGUUAAAAUCGAAGCUUGUUUCCUUG